UUUCUCUUACUUAUUCAAAUUCAACUUUUUCCUUUUUAUUUUUUUAAAUUAAAAAAAAAGCUAACUCUCUCUUCUCUUUCUCUCUAAAACAAACCGACUUCGAUUCAAUUCUAUUCUCUUCUCUUCCUUUUCUUUUGUUUCAAAUAAUUCCCCAAAUUUAAUUCCCCUUCAAUCCCACAACCAAACCCUAAAAACAGAAACAAACACUCACUAAUUUCAAAAUUAAAAAGAAAGAAAAAAACCCACAAAAAGAGAUUCGAACCGAAGAAAACAAAAGAAGAGAGAAAAAAAAAAAAAAACCCUAAACCGCUAUUGCUGGGUCUUCCUUGUUCCAGUUCUUCCUAACGCUUAACCCUAAUCUCCGCCGUCUGUUUCUCUCUUCUUCCUUCCUUUCAGCUAUGGUCGUUAACUCUCGUCCCCUCAAGAGAAUGAAGAGACGUGUCACUGCUGAUCUCUUCGAUUUCCUUUCUUUCCCUUCUUCUUCCUCCUCCUCCUCCUCCUCCUCCCCCAUGUCCGAUUCUGAUCAUUCCGACCAUCUCUUCACCGCCCCUUUCCGCUCCAACGUUCGUACUUUUCUUUCUAAACAUGCACUUCUUCCCCCUCCUUCUUCCUUGUUCCCUCACCUUCUCACCUGGCAAAUCCUCUUCCGUGUCGGCGACCUCGUCCAUGGCCCCGAUUCUCAACCUGCCGUCGUUUAUCUCGAUAUCGUCGAAGAAGAUGUCCCCAGAUCCAGAUCCGUUUAUUGCGAUCAGUGCCGUGUCGUGGGCUGGAGUGCACAUCCUGUGUGCGCGAAACGCUACCAUUUCAUUAUAAAGGCUAAUGGAAGCUCCAUUGGAGGUUAUCAUAAGCCAUGUAUGUGCUGUGGAGACGUCUUGCAUCUCUCCGAGUCCAAAUGCAAGUCGUGCAAUCAUGUAACGAGCACAGAUGAUGUGGAAGACUGGGUGUACCAGCAAUUAGAGAACAAUACCCAUCUUUUACAUGCCGUGGUCCACUCUAAUGGUUAUGGGCACCUACUCAGGGUCAAUGGAAGGGAGGGUGGUUCAAAGCAUUUAUCAGGAUGCCAUAUCAUGGAUUUUUGGGACCGAUUUUGUAAAAUGCUUGGAGUCAGAAAGGUAAGCGUAAUGGAUGUGUCCAAGAAGUAUGGGGUUGAGUACCGGCUGCUUCACGCCAUCACCAAAAGUCAUCCAUGGUAUGGCGAGUGGGGUUAUGAGUUUGGUGCCGGUAGUUUUGCUGUGACUCCCGAUGCCUACAAAAUGGCCGUUGAAACCCUCUCCAGUCUACCGUUGUCAAUCUUUACAUCUCAAGGACGGAAGCCCCGUUCUCACCUGCAGGAUAUCAUUUUAUAUUAUCAGUCUUUGUCAGAGCGUAAGCUUGUAAAUGUAAGAGAUCUCUUCAAGUUUCUGAUGAGCUUGAUUCAUAAUGUUCGAAAGUCAUCAUCAACCACUAAUGACAUAAUGGAUGAGAAGCAGCAGUCCAAGGUCUUGUGCUCGUGGACAAAAAGUGAUGUUACACGUGUUGAGGAAGCAAUGUUGAAAGUGCUGCAUGCAGUAUCUGGUUCGAAUUGGGUCACGUGGCGCACCCUUCGUGGUGCUGUGUGCAAAGCAGGUCCACCUGAACUCCUUGAUUAUUGUCUUAAAAAUCUUGGAGGGAAAGUAUCAUCUGAUGGUAUGGUUGUUAAUGCUCAACGCAAUCCUCAAUCCGGUGCUUUCGAAUACAGGCUUGAACCGGGCAGUGCUUCACUGAAUACAGGUUCCGACUCCACUGAAUCAUCCAUUUCUAGCUACCCAUCUGAAGAAAAUCUUCUGUUAGAUUUGAGAUUUUUGUAUGACGCCAUGCUUCAUCCAAAUUCUAUGGUGAACUAUGGCCCCCAGGCAACUAGGGAAGCAGCAGUGAGCUCGGCAUUGAAGCUCAUAGACUGCAAGCAGUUUGUGAAAGAUUAUGAACCAGAGAAGCUGUCGACAAAGUUGAAUCCUUUUUCAAUAUGCCUCUUAUGUGAGGUCGAAGUCGUGGAGGACUCAAAAGACAAUUCCUCAAGACCUCCUCCAGAACUAGUUAUACUUCCAUCUAAUGCUACCAUGUCUGACUUGAAGCUGGAAGCAUCGAAAGCUUUCCAAGAUGUAUACUUGAUGUUCAGAAGGUUUCAAGCAGAAGAAAUAGUCGACCAUGGGGGUGUAGACGAUUCCACCCAGGUCAAGUUGUUGUUUGGACAAACGGAAUCUGUUCGUGUUAGAGGAAGAUGCCAAGUAAAGACUGCACUGAACAGGUUUCGUAUGGAGAGAGGGGUAGAACGGUGGACAGUUGAUUGUAGUUGUGGAGCGAAGGAUGACGAUGGGGAGAGAAUGCUAGCUUGUGACUUGUGCGGUGUAUGGAGGCAUACGAGAUGUUCAGGGAUACAAGACUCGGAUGAUGUCCCGGGGAAAUUUGUAUGUUAUAAAUGCAGAAGCUCUAUUGUUGCAAUGAAUACUAAUGGGGAAACGGAGGCAGAUACUCUGUUUAGACUAGGCUAUGUUAAUUGAGGCAGUGUUUUGUAAUUUGUAUAUAGUUUUGAUUUGAGGUUCUGGGCCUUCUUUUUUUUUUUUUUUUUUUUUGGGUUGGGGGUGAGGUAGAAGGAUGAGAAGUAGAGAAGGAUUGGGGUUUGUUAGGGCCUAGUGAAUGUGUACAGGUAAGUUUGGGCCAAAAUCUCUGGUUAGAUUUGUUUCCUCGUUUUGUUAUUCUUGUACAUGUUCACCUGAUGGCGAAACUUGGGAUUUGUCACUACGCAACUGGAAAGUAAAGGAAAAAAAGAAAAAAAAAAGAUGAAAUGAAACUCCCUAAUUCUCGAAUUCUUGUGGAGA